UGGUCAACCGCUAGCCAAUCAAAACCGUCGCUUUUUUGAACCGCCUAAGGGCCUAAUGGCGUCAGGCUCCCUGUAGCACUUAAUCGCACUAACGAGCAGUCGCACUUCUGAAUCUGUAGCACUCGUGUAGUAUUUGCACUAAUGAACUGUCGCAUAUUUGAUAUACACCCGGCUGCACGUGGUCGUGCCAACAGAGAAGCAUGGGAAUACUUGGUUUUACAUCCUUUGUGGACCAUAGAUGUAAGGCACUUCUGCAGCAAGAGCACAUCAACAGCUGCUAUUUGGUCAUUGAUGGUGAUAAUGUUGCUCACCAUAUAUUCAAGCGCAAGCCCAGGUCCACUGGGUGGGGCACAGACUAUGCUUCGUAUGCCAGUGACAUUGAAUCAUUUCUUCUAGAUUUGAGAAGCUGUGAGAUAUCUGCCGUGGUCUUGCUGGACGGUGCCAGAGAUGCAGCGGGUGCCAAGCUGCCGAGACAGCUGGGCCGGCUCACUGAAAAGGUGCACCGGUCAAUUCGCGUCGCCGCCUCCAGACAACGCGAGGACAUCUUCCCGCCUCUUGCUCGCACAACGUUCGUACAGGUGGCCCGCCGUUUGUCCGUCCCGGUGAUACAAUGUCCCGGAGAGGCGGACCGCCGUGCCGCCGCCGUGGCACGACGUCUCGGCUGUGCCGUGCUCAGUGACGACUCGGACCUCUGCGCCCUGGGCGCGCCCGUGGUGCGGCUGACGCCCUGGCAGCGGCCGUGCACUGCGCCGCACGCGGCGCCGUUCAUGAACUGCGUCGUGUUCCGUCCUGAGAGGCUGCUGAGCCACUACAACGUCUCUGCCGAGCAUCUGCCGCUGCUGGCCACGCUGCCCGGCAACGACACGGUGCCGCCGGCCGCGCUGGACCCGUUCUUCCGGCGACUGUACGCGGCGCACGGCUCCCGAGCCGGCGGACGGGAGCGGCCAGGGCAGAGGAUCAAGACGCUGCUCCGCUGGCUGGCCACGCAGACAUCGCGCCAACAGGCGCUAGACAAGGUGCUCAGCACGCUGCCGGAGAAGGACCGCGCGGUGGUGGAGGCGCACGCGGCGCUGGUCGCCGCCGCCAUCGCCGACGACUCGUUCGAGUUCCUGCGUUCGGCGCAGCCAGAGCUGUACGGUGUCCUGGUGGAGCGCUCUCCGCCCGCCGGGGAUCCGCCGCCGGUCGGUGCCGCUAGUCUGCCGGUGGCGGGCGCGGUGCUACCCGCCUCCGUGCUGGACGCGGCCGGGGGAGCGCCGGCGCUACUGGAGCCGGCCGUGGAAGUGUCGACGGCGCCUGCCGCGGCUCUGGCGGCGGCGCCGCUCCUGGCGCGGCUCGCCUCGCUGCUGGCCGGCCGGGAGCGCGCAGUGACCCUCUACCUCCGGGAGGGCCGGCGGGUGGCCGAGCGGACCGUCGCCGCCGCCUUGCCGCCGCUGCAGCCGUCGGGGCCGACCGCCGACCCGGCCACGCGCGAGCUGGAGCUGAUGACCGUGCUCGGCGUUAGCCCGGCUGCCGUGGCUGGCGUGCCGGCGCCGCUGCGACUGCUGGCCGCGGCGCUGGUGGUGUGGCGGCGCGCCACGGCCGGCCGCAGCAGCCGCCGCGCAGUGUGCGCCGCACUGCUGGCGUGCGUCGCCCUGGCGCCGGAGGUCACGCUGCCGCCGUCCGCCGACAGUGCAGCGCGCUGGCGGGAGAAGACUGUUCCGCUGCGGCAGCGGCCGGCCUCCGCGGCGCCCCCGCUGGCCUCGGUUCACCUGCACUACGAGCUGCAGUAUGUGCUGCUGAUGGCUGUGGCCGCCAACGAGGCGCUGGGCGUGCCUCUGGCAGCGCUGGAUGUAGACCGGGUGGUGCACGGGCCGCUGUCGCUCGCCCUCGGAUUCUGCGCCGUGGAAGAAAACGACGCUAAUAGCGGGGAACUCAGUGCUCCAGAGACCGGCCCGCGACCUGAUGCUGCCCUGGAGGCGUUUGUCGGCGGGAUGGCCGACCUGGUCGAGGAGGAGGCGACGAAGAGGAGCCACUCUCCGCCGCCGCUGACCCCAGGUGGGAGCAGUGACGCGUUGGAGGACGCCGACACCAAGUCGCCGGAGCGGCUCUGCCGACUGCUGGCGGCGGCUCGCGGUCCGGGCGGUGCGCGAGGGCACAAGCGUGCCCGCCGAGCGGCUGUUCGCGGUGGCCGCAGCAAGAAACGCUCCCGACGAUGACCCGGGGCGACCCAGUGCCGCCCCGCCCGCUGUCAAUGGACUGUUGUACCGGUCUCUUGCAGACUUGGUGGCAUGCUAACACCCCUCAUGGUGCUCGCCAUUGACCCAUCCAGAGGUGACGCGCUCUUGCUGGCGGUGUGCGUAUAAAUUGUUUAUUGCAAUAUACGAUGCGUACUUUU